AUGGCUCCUAGCCCGUGGGGCCGUGUCCGUGGCCCCCUGCUGCUGUGCCUGCUGCUGUCCCAGGGGGCUGGCCCUGCUCUGGGCCAGGGCCUUCCCAAGCCACUUGAGGACUCGGAACCACAUCUGAUCCCAGGAGACCACCCCCAGGGCCCUAUGGGCACAGAGCCCCAGGCCCGCGACUUCCUCUGGGAGAAGUCCAGGGAUGAGAGCCCCUGGAACUCCAAUGUUCCCCAGGCCCCUGCCGAGAAAGUACCCGAGGAGCCCGCAGACUCUCCCCUUGGCCCAGCCCUGCAUGGACCUAAAGCAUCCCACAGGACUCAGAGAGGAGGACUCCCAGUAACUGAUGACCUCCAGAUGGCUCGAGGGUCAAGUUCUCAUGGCUGGACAGGACCUCCUGACUCACAGGAGCCUAUAGAGCAAGAAGCACCAGCCCCCCAUCCAGUAGGCCUCCCCCAUCUCACUUUCAUCCCCAUAACUCCCAGACUCCAACUUAGGAUAGCCACAGUUCCUCCCUCCCCAGGGCCAGAGGAGCCUGGAGGCCAAGUGGAGCAACGACCACCUAGAGAUGAGGGUCUGGUGGACAAAGCCAUGAUCAGAGUCUCAGAGAUAUCCCCCUUAGAGCACCAGGGCCCUCCUCACACUCUUGCUCCCCACUUGGGAACUACCAGGAGGCCAGUGCUGGAAGAACAGGGUGGGGGUGAGGACUUCCAGGAGGCAGCUCGAGGCCCCCUCUUCACCCAACAGGAUCCAGCGGUCCCUCAUGUUGGCUUGGUAUCCCCAGCUGAGGUGGCAUCCUCUCAGGAGCCUCGGUCCCAGCCACACCUGGUAUUGACCAAAAGCCUUCCUCCUGCUGAGGAGCUGCCAGUUGAGCUCCCCAAGAAGACUGGAGGUGAAGAGACCUGGGAAGUCAGUCUUCCAAGCCCCUCGCCCAAACAGGCUGAUCUUCCUGAUGUUAGGGACUCACCAAGACCCCAGCCCUCAGGUCCCCCUGCCACAGAGACACCUGAUGGGUCUAAGCCAGAAAUAGCAGCAAUGAAUGGAGCAGACCCCAUCUCCCCCCAGCGGGUGAGAGGAGCAUUGGAGACCCCAGGUACCCCCAAGUCCCUCAUCCCUGGCCCCUUGGACCCUGGCCCAGCUACAAAUCGAACAGAGAGCCCUGUGGGGGCCCUGCAGCCAGAUGAAGCCGAGGAGUGGCCGGGGCGUCCCCAAAGCCAUCCCCCAGCACCCCCAGUCCAGGCCCCCUCGACGUCACGCCGGGGCCUCAUUCGGGUCACCACGCAGCGCGCCCUGGGCCAGCCACCCCCUCCGGAGCCCUCAGCCAGCUCCGUGGCAUCAGCCCCAGCCACCAGUCCCCCGGCCAAUGCCACCGCACCCCCUCUGCGCUGGGGUCCCCUGCGGCGGGUGCUGAGCUUUUCCUGGGAGCUGCACGUCUAUGGGGUGGGGGUGCUCUUCCUGUUGCCCGCAUUGUUGGCACUGGCCUCCCUGGCAGCCGCCCCUGCGGGGCCGCGGCUGGCUCUGGUGGCGGCCGUGCUGGUGCUCCUAGCAUCUGGGCUUCGAUCUGCCUACAUGCUCGCCGACCCGUACGGCUCUCAGGCACGGCUGGGCUUACGCGCCGGCCUGGUACUCUACAACCUGCCCUUCCCCUUGCUGCUCACUGCGCUGGCGGCCCUGACCCUGCUCGGGCUGGGCGCGGGGCUGCCACAGCAGCUGCAGAACCCGCUCCUGCUGGGAGCGUUGGCGUUGGUGCACGGCGUGGGGUUGCUGACUACUGACCUGCUGUCGGUGAGUCCUGCGCUCAACCUCCUGGCUCAGGGCUUGUCGUGCGCCUGGGGCGCGACCGUGUCUCUGGGCACGCUCUGCCUUUGCCGUCGCCGCCUGCUGGACGGGCCUCGGGGCUGGGAUGCCAGCCCGGGCCCGCGGCUGCUGGCCGUGGCGGGCGCGCUGGGGCUGCUGGCCAGUGGCUUGCAGCUGGCGGCUGCGCUCUGGCUAUACCCGGGCCCAGGCCGGGUGGGUCGCUUUUCGUGGGCCUGGUGGGGCGUCCACUUCUGGCUGCGCCUGCUGGAGCUGACAUGGGCCCUCACCCUGGCGCUGGCCGCUGUGGCCGCCGUGCGGCCCCGGCCGCCCACGGAGCACGCUUGCUGGGCGAAGUUGCUCCGCCUGGCGUGCCCCACGCCCUCGGGCAAGAGUGAGGUGCCUGAGCGACCCAACAACUGCUAUGCGGGGCCCAGUGGCGUCGGCGCAGGCGGCUUGGACAUCAGCAAGAGCCUCCUCCGCAACCCCGCGGAGGGUGGGCCGCCUGCCACGCCCAGUUCAGGCGCCUGGGGCUCGGCUGCGUCUUUGGGUCGCGGCCCCCAGGGUGGCCCGGGACUGUCCUGCAACAGCGUGGGGCCGGCGCCGUCGAUGAGCGAGCUGGACCUGCGGCCGCCAUCACCCAUCAACCUGAGCCGCAGCAUCGACGCCGCGCUCUUCCGAGAGCACUUGGUGCGAGACAGCGUAUUCCGGCGCUGCGGCCUGCGCGGUCUGGCCUCCCCGCCGCCUGGGGGCGCGCUGCGGCCGCGGCGGGGCAGCCACCCCGACGCCGAGCUCGACGGCGCCGGCUCUUCGCUCCUGCGAGGCCGUUGCCACUCUCUCAGCGACGUGCGCGUGCGCGGCCCGGUCCCGCCACACGUCGCCGAACACCCUGGCCGGGCGGCUUCUCGCAGCUCCAUGGACAGCUUUUCCCGGGGCUCGCUCAAGAUCAGCUGGAACCCGUGGCGUCACGGGCUGUCAUCGGUGGACAGUCUGCCCCUGGAUGAGCUGCCCAGCACGGUGCAGCUACUGCCUGCCCCAGCCCCUGCCCCGCCCCCCGCCCGGCCCGGGGAACCUCAGAGCGAGGUCCAGCCUCGCUGCAAGCCCGGGGACUCCCGCAGCGCCUCCAGUGACACCAUUGAGCUCUGA